CGGUCGCCAGGUGAAUUUCUCCGCGAUGCACCGCCCGUCGCGAACGUCUCGGCCGUCGUCGCGCGUUUUCCUCCACGUCGCCGUCGUGGCUGCUGCGUCGGUGUUGACGGUGCUGCUCGCGCAUGCGCAGCGGGAAGUCGACGAGCCAGUCACGAGCGAACCGCAAAAGGGCGGGGAAUCCAAAUCGAAGCUCGACGAGGAGCUGUUUAAGAAACUAUUUGCUCAACGGCGAAAGGACCACAUAGAGGCUGUGCAAACUCUCCUGAAGAUGGACAAUUACGAGCGUCUGUACAAAAUGAUUACGGUGCUGACUGAGAAGAUAGUGGAGGUCGUCGAAUCGAGCAAGAGCGUCAUCGAGAAGGCCGGUUUCCUACCGCACAACAGUUCUUUCCCCGUGGAUACCGACGUCAAAGACGCGUUGUCCAGCAUCCUGGAGAACACCGCGCUUUUCGGAGACAUCAUCUUGCACCUGCCGGACAUCACUCACAGGAUACUGAGGACGCAGUCGGGAUGGAACUCCACGAUACAUUGGUCCCUGAAUUUCGCCAAUCGGACGCGGCAUUUGCUGAACAAAUCGACCAUCACGAUGUUUCGCCUGGUCGAGCAGGAGCUGAACAUUACGGAACGCGACCCGGACUAUUUUAAUCCGUACAGGAGCGCCGCCCACGCCGGCCAGCGCGAGGACACCGUGAAGAAGAAGAAGCCUGCGAAGAAAGAAAAACGUAAAAAGGGACCGCAGAUUGCUAAAAUCGAGUUGUGAGCCGCCCUCGCCGCGCACGCGAGACUCCUCUCUGACCGGUUCCUAAAUCGCCUCGUUAAGAAGCGGGCUCUCUCUGCGGCGCUGCCGUUAAAAUCCUAGAGAAGAGGCGGAUAUGCCAUAUCUGAUCCUGAAUCCUACAGGAUUAAUAACGACGAGCUUCCAAACGGCUUAAUUCGACGAGGAGAUUAACUAUAUAUUUCUAUAAUGUCUAUAUAAUAGUAUAAUUGUUCGCUAGGAGCUAAUUGAGAAUGUGCCAAUUUAGUGGGCGCAUUUGUAUUUAACAAAUAUUGUCGCGCGUUACGCGGAGAUGUUGCUAUAUACAUAUCGAAUUCCGACAAAGUCUCUAUAUAAAAUAUUAAAUAAAAAUGUUGCAAUCGACAAUUGCGUUUCUAGCUUGCGUGAAAACGAUUGUGCAUAAAAGUCUAACAUUCCGUUCGACAGUUCCAAUUCUAGAUAUAUUAUCAGAUUAGCUUAAUUAAUUAUAUAUAAUGUUCGUGCACGUCGUCCGACUCUGCGACUCCCCGGCGGCCGCGGCGCCGAUCCGUCCCUGUUUGAAAGCGAAACGAGCGGUCGAGCGGAGAAUAAGGCUCGAGGGCAAACUUCGCCCGCGAGCGAGCCGUGAAUCUCACGGCUGCGGCGUGUCGUGUCCGAUAUGAGAGACAGCUUUUCUCGUCGGUUUACUCCCGACGACGGCGGCGCGGGCCGCUGCGCCGCGCCACGCCGCGCCGGUAGAAAGUGGUCAGCCAAUGAGCUGAGAACGGUGGUUCCUGAGCCGGCCAGUUCCCGAGAAGUUGCCGCGCGACGGCGACGGCGACGGCAGUCUACCCCCGGCAGUGUCGCGGCUCAGCGGAUCGGUCGUGCUCGUUCGGUCGGCUCUGAUGAUACGUCGCCGUGGCCGCGGUGAUCGCACGAGCUGAAAACGAGAGGCACGCGAAAGGGAAUUCGGACACGCGACCGUCACCCUGAGACUACCGAGAGAAUUCCGCGCGCGCGGAACGAUGAGGCUCCAGGACGCGGCGCUGCUCUGCGCCGUCUUGACCGUCGCAGGUAGGCGCGCCCCUCGCUAUUUUCGCUACGUCGAAGCCCACCUUUCUCUCCGUCAACGUUCCUAGAGCUGUUUCCUGAAAGAUCAGCGUGUACGCGUCCGCGCGGGGAGAGUCAGAGAGUAGGAGAGAUCGUUUAAAAUUCUCGCCCAAUUCACGCGAGACUUCCCUCGGUGGUCUUCCUCUCUGGUUCCGCAGAUAGAACUCUCUCUCUUUUUCUCUCUCUACAAAAAUCGCAAUGGUGAUCCUUCUAUUUUGUUUCCUGGAAACUGCGAAAUAUCGAGAUCGAAUUUUUAUCGAUUCUAUAAUUACCGAGUUCCUUUUUGCCGCUCACCCGCAAUACUCGGUGUAUCGUACCGUUGCAGUCCACGGUAACCGAUUAUCGAGAUGGAUAAGACUUAAAUUUACUUUCCAAAAAUUACGAAAUUCCAGGACGAUCGUCAAACAUUGAAUUCCUAAAGCGUGCACUGAUGCGACAGUCUGGCCUCUUGCUGUUCCCAAGACAGACCAGUUCUAGCAGGUCGUCAUUUAAUUUUGUCUUUUUUUUCUCCCUCUGGACCGAUCCUUCUCCCGCGAAGCAUUCUCCACUUGUGUAUCCUCUCCUCGAUUCUCUUUUUAUAUUCCUCUUCGCCAUUAUUUUGAUCGUUAUUUUGAUCGAUAGCGUUACGUGCGAGCAAGGAAGUAUGUAAUUGUAACGCUCCAAUAAAUAAUUGCAUACUAAUAAUUGCUCUUACAUCGCAUAUUCUAUAUUUGUAUGUACUUUAUCACAGAAAUAAACGUGCUGUAUAUAUAU